AGGAGUCGGGGCGGGCUCGAGAGGCCACUUUAUCUGCGGCCGCCGCUGCCCUCGGGUGGCUCGUGCGCCAGGGCCGCCGAGGCGAAGCCGGGGGCGGGGGCGGGCUGGGAGCAUGCGGAGCGCUGGGCAGCGGCCGGCCGGGCCCCCACAGCUGUAACUCUCUGGGUCAGCCGAGGGAGGGAGGCGUUCGCAGCCCGGGGCAGCCCGUGGUUCCCGUUGAGAGCCUGGAGCGGCGGCCCCGGCCCUAGUCCCGCCUGAGCCCAGCCGCCAGUGCGGUGCCGUGCGCGGUGGUGCGGCGCCCCAGCAGCUGAUGCGCCCUCUCUGGGCUCGCUCGCUCUCGCUCUGUUCGCAGUGUGUGUGUGGCCCCGCUCCGCACCCAGACCCGCAUCCGCACCAUGGGGCACCCCCCGCUCGAGUUCAGCGAUUGCUACCUGGACAGCCCCGAUUUCCGCGAGAGGCUCAAAUGCUACGAGCAGGAGCUGGAGCGGACCAACAGAUUCAUAAAAGACGUGAUCAAAGACGGUAACUCCCUCAUCGGCGCUAUGAGAAGUUACUCUUCGGCUGUGCAGAAAUUUUCUCAGACUUUGCAGUCCUUCCAGUUUGACUUCACUGGGGACACGCUGACAGAUGAUGAGAUUAACAUCGCGGAAUCUUUUAAGGAAUUUGCUGAGCUCCUCAACGAAGUUGAAAAUGAGAGGAUGAUGAUGGUACAAAAUGCUAGUGAUUUGUUGAUCAAACCUCUGGAAAAUUUCCGUAAGGAGCAAAUUGGCCUCACCAAGGAAAGGAAGAAAAAAUUUGAGAAGGACAGUGAGCGGUUUUAUUCUUUGCUGGAUCGCCACUUGCACCUGUCUUCCAAGAAGAAAGAAUCCCAGCUCCAGGAGGCUGACUUACAGUUGGACAGAGAGAGACACAAUUUCUUUGAGUCAUCUCUCGACUAUGUGUACCAGAUCCAGGAGGUUCAGGAGACCAAGAAGUUCAAUAUUGUGGAGCCCGUCUUGGCCUUUCUUCACAGUCUCUUCAUUUCCAACAAUCUGACAGUAGAACUAACACAGGAUUUCCUCCCUUACAAACAACAGCUCCAGCUCAGUCUGCAAAAUACAAGAAAUCACUUUUCUAGUACCCGAGAGGAGAUGGAAGAACUGAAGAAGAGGAUGAAGGAGGCCCCCCAGAUGUGCAAGCUCCCAGGGCAGCCAACCAUCGAGGGCUAUCUCUACACCCAAGAGAAAUGGGCUCUGGGAAUAUCAUGGGUGAAGUACUACUGUCAGUAUGAGAAGGAGACCAAGACACUGACAAUGACUCCCAUGGAGCAAAAACCAGGAGCUAAACAGGGACCUGUGGACUUAACUUUGAAGUACUGUGUUAGGAGGAAGACAGAAUCCAUCGACAAGAGAUUCUGCUUUGACAUCGAAACUAACGAAAGACCAGGGACUAUAACACUGCAGGCCCUUUCUGAAGCCAACAGGCGUCUAUGGAUGGAAGCGAUGGAUGGAAAAGAACCAAUCUACCACAGCCCCAUAACGAAACAGGAAGAAAUGGAACUCAAUGACGUCGGGUUCAAAUUCGUAAGGAAGUGUACUAAUGCUGUGGAGGCCAAAGGCAUCACAACAGAGGGGGUUUACCGGACUGUGGGCAGCAACAUCCAGGUUCAGAAGCUACUGAAUGCUUUUUUUGAUCCCAAAUGUCCAGGAGAUGUCGAUUUGCAGAAUAGCGAUUGGGAUAUUAAGACAAUCACCAGCUCCUUGAAAUUCUACCUCAGGAAUCUUUCGGAACCUGUUAUGACAUAUAAGCUCCACAAAGAGCUGGUCUCUGCCGCCAAGUCUGAAAACCUGGAUUACAGGCUGGGAGCCAUUCACGCUUUGGUUUAUAAGCUUCCCAACAAGAAUCGGGAUAUGCUGGAACUCCUCAUAAGACACCUGGUCAAUGUGUGUGAGCACAGCCGAGAGAACCUGAUGUCUCCCUCAAACAUGGGAGUGAUAUUUGGACCCACUCUGAUGAGGGCGCAGGAGGAUACUGUGGCUGCCAUGAUGAACAUUAAAUUCCAGAACAUUGUGGUGGAAAUCCUUAUCGAGCACUUUGACAAGAUCUAUUCAGGCCCACCAGAGGACAAUGCUGCACCCCCAGUGCCUCCGCCCAGAGUGACGGCAAGAAGACACAAGCCCAUCACGAUUUCUAAGCGCCCACUGCGGGAAAGGACCGUUUUCUAUACUUCUUCAGUGGAAGAAAAUGAAGAUGAAACCCUUAAUGGCCCCCUCACAGACAGCCUGGAAAGUCCCAGACCACUGCCUCACCACAAGUUGCCUGUGCAGAGGAGUGGGGAAGCUGAGCCGGGGAGAAAAUCCCCAAUUCGGCCCUGUUCCGAUGGCAGGUUGGAGCCGUGCCCAGAGGUGGAUGUGGGCAAGCUGGUGUCCAGGCUGCAGGAUGGAGGACCCAAGCCCCCUGCCAAAGUGGCCAAUGGUCUGAUGAUGGGUCCUGGGUCAGCUAGGGUCCCCUCUCUUCAUGUGAAAAGGCCAGCUCCCAGGCCUCUGGCUCACAGCAAGGAGGGUGACUAUGACAGCUUCAAUAAAGUGCGCUCCCCAGGAGACAAACCAGUGAUAACCCGGCCUCCAGUGCGUCCCCCGGAUCCUCCAUGCCGGGCAAUCAUGCCCCAGAAGCCAGAGCCCAAGCCAGAGCCUGUGGCUGGAGGAGCCCAGGAAACCAUGGCCUCUGUGGUGGCUUGCCGGACCCGGUUCUUUGAAACAGCUUCUCGGAAGACAGGAAGUGCCUCAUCUCCACAAGGAAGGCUUGCUGGGGAUGAGAGUUGAGGCCCAAGUUUUUAGGAAUCCUGGCCGGUCCCAGAUGACUCCAUGCUUCUGAAAGGGCCUCCUCUAAACUCUUGUGUGCUCAGGACCCCUGGGCUGAAAGGCAGCUCCCUGCUGGAACCUGGCUAUGGAGGGUCCAGGAAACUGUAGAAUUAGGGACUCUCUGGACAUGUCUUAUUUUCCCUUUGCAUCCUUUCCUCAUGGUCUCAGAAAAGCUGUCUUGAGCCCAGUGGAAGGAGAGCCUGCUAUCUUCCCAAACAGGGUGUGAAUAUUUGGGCUCCUAUCCCCUGGGGCAGGGAAGAGAGCCACCUCCUUCCACUUAGGCUCUGAGCCAUUGGAGGCAAAGUCGGGGCACCCAGGACUGGACUUCUCUCUAGCCUCUGAGUCCCUGGGAAUUCUGCCUUCGAGGUCUGCCGAGUUCCGAUGGAGUUGGAACAGAUGCCCCAACUCUUCGGCCUUUGUCACUCCAAUCUGUUCCUUUUCCCAGGCAAUGUUUGCUUAGAGGCCUGGCAUAAUCGACAGUUGCAUGUGUCUGGACAUCUGCCCUGCGGAGGGAACCUUCCACUGGCUGUUUUCUGCAUUUUCAAGCUGGCAGCCGUGGGUUACCCAGAGCAUGGCUGGUGUCGGGAGGUCUCACAAAGAGGGGCCUAGCGCUCCCUGGGCUCUCUCCCGCACUCUCUCUGGGUUCUCUGCCAGCUUUCUUGCAUGGAUAUUUUGGAAACAAUUGCAAACAAAAACAACACAAAAACCUACCAAGAAAACAUUCUGCUUUUGAAGCCUAGCCUUGUUUGAGUAAGUCUCAUUCUGUUUUCCUCUUGACAGCUUCUUCCUAGAACAAAUGAGAAAAUGGAAUUGAAAACAUUUCUAAAAGAAUUCCUUCUGCCUGUCCCUCUUCUGGACGGGCUGGGAGCAGUGGUGAUACAAACACAGUUGAAGAGACCAAUUUCCAAAGUUGAAUCCAGGCCACUGCCUCAGGCUCCUAAUUUCCAGUGUCAAAUCCAGGCCUAAUCCAGGCCUCAGGCUCCUGAUUAACAAUUUCAAAUCCAGGACUUGGGCUCCUGAUUUCCAAUGUCCAAUGUAGGCCACUGCCUCAGGCUCCCCAUUUCCAUCCCCUACACCUUCUCUGUGUGACCUGGCUUGCUUUGGCAGCAUGGCUAGGGACCCCUUUGCAGAAUCACAUGUUUCCAUGCAGAGGUUUACAAAGGAAGCUCGUUCAUUGGAAUUUUGUUAGCAAAACAUUUUUUCAAAGCCCCAUAAGUUUCACCAACUCCAGGUUAAGAGCCCAAACCCUCCAGGAAAUCUCCCUAGAGACAAAAGAAACCCUUUUGCAAUGUGGAGAAUCUUUCCCCCCAUCUAGCAGGGGGCCUUAGUCUACAGGCCUUAGCCAGGCCCUAAAAUGUAGCCAGUUUUCAAACUUCCAACAUUAGCUUUGCCCUGAGCCUAGGGGUCCCGUAGAUUGGACUACACAAAACCCUUCCAACUGAACACCUAAUUUCAGUUUGGUACUUUUGUUACUAAUCCUUAACCUGUUCCCCAAUCUAAUCUUGUUCACACCUAGCUUAGAGUGUUCCUGCCCUGUGUGUGCAUGGCUUCUGGGCAUUCGCCCUUCUUUCUUAGCUCUUUGUGAAAUCCCUUCUCUUGGGAGAGGACCCUUCAUAGGUGGCAAUCUACAACUGAAGGCAAAUUAACACGGUGGGUUUGAGUUCUGGGGAGUAAACAUUUUCCCGUCCUGCCUCACUCUCCUCACUCAUCACCUCCCCAGCCCAGGAUAGCUGCUGAGCAGAACUGUCUGUUUAGGGGACUCUCUGGUACUUUGGCCUACCUUGUUCUCGGGGGAGGGUAUCCGGCAGGCCCUGCCAACGUUGUCAAGGUCAGGACUGGCCUUUUUUGCCUUUCAUCCAGCCAGUAGAGAUGGGCAGUGGUGCUCAGGGGCAGCAUACCACAGGUGGGUGUAUGGGGGUGGUCCUUCUGUGAACCUCAGUGCUGCAGGGCUGCUAACCCAGCAUUACUGGGGCCUUUGUUGUCAUAACCAAGAAAACCUUCUCACCCUAGGUUAUUGGAGAGGUCAACACAUACAUGGUCCAAAUGUUCAAGGUCUUGGGAGUGUGGGUAGAUGGCAAAUGAAUAGAGCUCUGGGCCCAGAGACAGGAAGACCUGAGUUCAAAUCCUGCCUCAGAUACUUAUUAGCUAUGUGGCCUUGAACAAGUCACUUUAUCUCUGCUUUUGAAGGCUCAAUCUCCUCAGCUGCAAAGUGAGGGAGUUGGACUCCAUGGCCUGCAAGGGUCCCUUCAUGACACUUGAAGAAAUGAUGUACACUCCAGGCCACAUGAAAGUUGAUUGAGUCACUCCAUUAUUCAGUACGCAAUAGCCUGAUUGAAGCUGCUGAGAAAUCCCCCAAAUGAGAUCCAGUUAGGUGCUUAAGAGUCUAGCCUAGGGAUCAGGGAGUCAAGUUGGAAGAACUUCGGGGGCCACCUGGUCCAGCCCACGUGUGACCGGGAUUCCUCUGUACCACAGCCUCAGACAGAAAGAGCCCUGGCCACUGGGAUAGAGGAUCUGGCCUUAAAUUGUAUCUCUGACGCUACCUGUGUUACUUCGGGCAAGUCACUUCCCCCCCCCCCGGGCCUCAGUUUACUCCAAGUGUAGGACUAGGUGGCCUCUUCAAGCUCUAGCUCUGGGGUCCUAUGUGUGACCUAGGCUAAGUCACUUUCCCUCUCUGGGCCUCAGGGAGCCCUGCCAGCUCCAGCUCUGGGAUCCUACAGUCCUUUGCUUCUCCAGCCUCCCCUUGAGCCCUUCUCCUGAGGGGCAAGAGGGGAAGAGUGGGAUUUGCUAAAUCCAUAGCCAGCCUGUUCCAUUUUUGGACAGCUCUGUCAGGUGAGAAGCUGCAAGGCAUGUUGGUCCUGGAGUCAGGAAGAGCAGGGAUUCAGAUCCUGCCCGAGCUGUGUGACCCUGGCUAGGUCACUUCAUUUCUCACUGCCCCAAGAAACUCUAUAAGACUCUCCAUUGCAGAGAAGGUGCUAUGUGCAUUAGUAGAAGGAGUUUCCUCUUCCAGGAAUUCACUAUGCCAAUCCAGACACAGGUCCGGUCCUGAUCCCUGUCUGUCAUUGAUAGGAAGAUUUUCCAGGCAUUGAGCUAAAAAUCUGCCCCCUUUGCUCCUAGCUCUGCUGGGGAGAACUAUCUGGUUCUGCCCUUCGUGUCCUUGGAAGACACACAGUGUUCCAGCCAAAUCUUCUCUUCUCCAGGUUGAACCUCUUGAUAGAAUCAUUCCUAGCAUCCCCACCAAAAGUGUCUGUGCAUGUGGAGGCCCCACUGAGAUUCCUUAGAGGGGAGUGUGGUGCAGUGGCAGGAAACUUGGCUUUGCUGUGUGGUCCGGGGCAAGUCAUUUUCUCUCUUUACGAAUUGGUGUCCACCUCUGUAAAGUGAGACAGUUGGGGGCCUUCCAGUUCUUGAUCCUGGAAUAACAAUGACCAUCCAUGUCACCAUAGCAUCUUAAGGUUUACAAAGUAGUGACUUGGACACGCUAGGCUGGACCUUCUCUCUUCCAAGGGGCAACAGAGAAGGGGCAAGGUGAGGCUCUAAGGGAAAGGAAAGGGGGAUAUGGGCGUCUUUGGGUGUCUCACACAAUCAACCCAUGGGCCUAGGUCAGCCAGCUGAGGAUACCUUUAACUGACAAUUAUACGAACCAGUCAGAGCAUCUCACUGCAGCAGGCAGCACCCUCUAGGCCAGCCUCUUUGUGACAGGCACUAACUCUCUCCUCACUCCAUCCCCCAUCCCCACACCCAUCCACAAAGGACUAAAAGCUGCAGACUCUUCACAGCCCAAGCAAUCAGUGUGGGGCUACAGGAUAUUCUGAAACUGGGCUGCCCACCCUCUACCUCCCCAUCCCCAGCCCUACCUGAUUCUCAUCCCUACCUCACCACACUCCUACCCCUACUACACCAUCCCCACCCCCACCCUCCUCCUCCCCAUCUCCACCCCUACCCCACCCCCCAAUCCCCACUUCUACCACCCCAUCUCCACCCCCCAUCCCCAUCCCUUGCUGCCUUCACUUUAACCAGGUAGAACUCUUGCUUAAAGACUGUCCUAGCUCACUUUUGGAAAUGAAGCAUUUGCUUUUUGACAAGCAAGUAGAAUGUAAGCUCCCUGAGGGCAGGGAUUGUCUCAUUUUUGUCUUUGUGUCCAUAGCGCCUAGCACUGUGGCUGACACUUAGUAGGUGCUUAAUAAAUGUUUGUUGAUUAG